AAUGAGCUCCUCUAGUCACAGCACAAAAUUGCUUGAUAACAGGCAUUAUUUGUGCACUCGCCAUUGCAUCAUUCGGUUAGCUCUUUCGAUCUCAGCUGCGUAACCUCUGACUUUUGAGUGCUGCAGCGUGUGGCAUGAUCCUAAGUGGUUUGAUAAUCGUCACGCGAAAUCCAGAAGUUCUAUUCUAUACGAAGUGGUCGCAAGUAGCGUCCCUCACCAGUGCAUUAUGUGAUGCUGUCAUUACAGGGACAAUUUGGUGGUUUUUGCGACCGGCACGAACAGACAACAUUCGGUCGAGGGGUUAUCUCAAUGAAAUGUCACGAGUUUUUAUUCAAAUGGGAUUGUUUUCAUUACUUGUGGCGACUUCCCUGUUUGUGCUCUAUCAGUUCCAGGAAGGUCUUAAUGAUCAAUACUACACUGCUGCGCCUGGGGCGGUGAUCGGAAACUCCUAUAUUAUUUCGAUGCUAUCAGUGCUCAAUGCCAGGAAGUCAGUCCGCGAACGGGAACGACUUGCUCGCGACAUAACGGAACUUCCUACGAUACCCACAAUACUUUGAAUUUUUUUAGCUCUGCUAGUAUAAGACAUGUUCUUUGGCCAGUAUAUAGUAUAUGCCUUAUAGG